AUGCCGAACAAGGAUUCCCAUCCUUGCGUCCACCAGAGUGACUUGACGUUUGGUCCUCCGUGUUGCCCAAGUAUGGGCAAUGCCAAGACGUCAGAAUCACCCCCGCCCCCCAUAAUCGGAAGGGGUGAUUCCAGAGCCACACCCCAGGCCAGCGCCAAGCACCUCUCCGCCGGCCGGCGGACUGACCACCGCGGACACCAAGUCCCAGACCUUCCCGGCGCUCUAGCUGGCCGGACCCCGAGCCCCCCCCCCCCCCGCCCCCACCCCGGCUCCCAGCCGCGACCCCCCCACCCUCGGCCCGGCCCUCUCCCCGCCCGGCCGCGGCCCUUCCUCGCAGGGCCUCCCCCCUCCCCCCUCCCCCCCACGCCCGGCCGCGGGCCCUCCGCGCUCGGCCUCGCCCCCUCCCCACCCACCUCCCUCCUCACCCGGCCGCGGGUCCCUCCACACCCGGCCUCGCCCCCUCCUCACCAGGCCGCGGGCCCUCCGCACGCGGCGUCGCCCGGCGAGACACCCGGCCUCGCCCCCUCCCCGCUGGGCCUCGCCCCCACCUGCUCGCCCCAGUCAUCCCGCGAAGCCGACCACCGCACUGACCGUCUCAUAACGCGGCCCGAGGACCGCGCCUACAGCUCGAACGGAAAGGACCCGCUUUGCCGCGGGCGCUGUCAGAGGACGGGAAAGGGAGAGACGGCGGCUUUCAGCGCUUCGCCCUCAACAAACCCGGCGGCCAUUUUCCUCCAUCUCCGCGAGCUGACAGAUCACGUGGCCGCGGGUGACGGGGCGGGGCGGAAGAAGACAUCUCUAAGGCGUUGCGAACGAAGGCCUGCUCAAGCCCCUUCCUCGGGAACCCACAGGAGAGGUGUCAGCCCCGUGGAGCGCCUGUGGGAUCUGCACUCCUGGUCUUCCAGAGAGCCCACCGCCUCCCUCCCCGGCUCCCCAGACCCCUGGCCAGCCCGGGCCGUCCACCCAGUCUCUGCUGAAGAGUUCAGCGCAAAGCUGGACUCUUCACCGUCCCCACCCAGUGUGAUCCUCCUCCGGGACUGCUCCUGUCUGGGGACCUGGCGCCUGUCGCCCAGCCACCGAGACCGAGACCGGAAUUGGGAAGUCUUUUUAUAACCUCUCCCUCCCCUUCCCAAUGACAUCCCAUCAGCCUCUUCAUCAACCCCCAUCAGUCUAAAGGCUGCUGAAGCUCCCCUCCAGGGCUAUCCCCAGAGCCCCCAACCCUCUCCCUGCCUCUGCUGGUGCCCUGCUAACUGGUUCUCCAGCAGAUUGCUCCCUCAGGUCACUGCUUUGCCUAAACUCCUCAGCAGCCUUCCAUUUCCAUAAAAUAGAUUCCCAAAAAGUACUUCACAUGCAAGACUCCUCGGGGGGCGGGCCCCUGACCCACUUCUAACCCCUGCUCCACCCACUAGUUUCCGCCUAUCCGGCCCCCACCCCCAGGCUGGCAAGUAUUGACAGUUCCUGGAACAAUGGGCCUGACUCUUCCUCAUUUCCAUUCUUUUCCCAGGACGGUCUUCCCUGCCUCUUGCCCAGCUGCUUCCAAGAGAUGAAUUCCUUUUUCUAAGAUACCAUUCAAGUAGUCCCCAGUUUUGUAUAGCUUCCUGGAAGACUUCAAGCAGAGCUGGCCAGUCCGUCUUCGGUAUCCAUAGGGCCUAGUAGGUACUCAGCAUGUGUUAAAGCAUUUUUAACCUGUUUACCUGUCUUCUCCCACUAUAAGGUUCAGUACAUCCUUAUUCUGCACCAACCCCCUUGCCCUGUUUGGAACAGUGUCUGGCCUUAACAAACCACUGAGGAAGAAACCACACUAUCUACAACACUGCCAAAUUAUUUGGGGGUGCUCCCUCCUGGUCUCAUGCAUGUCCCAGCAACAUCUGAUGGAGCCAUACUCCUUGUUGGCUUUUUCUAGAAGUUGCCAGCUUGAUCCACGGAGAAAUGUUUUCAAUGGUUCCCAGCCUUGGCACACCAGACGCAUCCGUGGACCUUCUUAAAAACUAAGAGCAGGGGCGCCUGGGUGGCUCCGUCGGUUGAGCGUCCGACUUCAGCUCAGGUCACGAUCUCACAGUUCGUGAGUUCGAGCCCCGCAACAGGCUCUGGGCUGACGGCUCAGAGGCUGGAGCCUGCUUCCGAUUCUGUGUCUCCCUCUCUCUCUGCCCCACCCCCAUUCAUGCUCUGUCUCUCUCUGUCUCAAAAAUAAAUAAACAUUAAAAAAAAAAAAAAAAAACUAAGAGCACACUUGGGGACUUAAAAAAACAUCUCCCCAGCUGAUCCCAAUGACAUACCAUUCUCAGACUUGGGUUUGAGUCCCAUCGUGUCCAAAUCAGUGAUUUCAAUAUGAACAUACUGUUUUAGUGUCAAGUGAUUUUUUGAAGGCCUACACAGGAUAGCAGGUGACAUUUUAGUAACCCCUGAUUGUGACAGUGACAUGGGAAUAGGAAUUUGUGGUUUGACAAGAAUCGGUAGCCCCAGAAAGGCAGCCUGGGCUCGAAACACAAUGAAUUGAAUAGUCAGCCAGGCAUUUGACAGAUGUUCUGGAGGAGUUCGCGCACACAAAGAGAAAACGUGGCUUACGUAUCAGAAAACGGGCCAAGAGGCACUGAAGAUCUCACUGAAGUGUCGGCCAGGGAGAUGAUGACUCAGGAAGGCAGGGUUCUUGAAUCAUGCG